AUAGUUGAUGCCCAAGCGACUUGGAGCGGUGAGAGGCGCAUCAGGAAAGAAGGAAAGAGAGGAUUGGGGUUGGGGGAGAGGGCUGCUGAGGCGUGCCAGCGAAGAAGACCAUGGCCGACUGUGAGCGCACCUUCAUUGCCAUCAAGCCAGAUGGCGUCCAGCGGGGUCUGGUGGGAGAGAUUAUCAAGCGUUUUGAGCAGAAAGGGUUCCGGCUAGUUGGUUUGAAAUUCUUGCAGGUCUGGGAGGGCUUGAAUGUGGUGAAGACAGGCCGGGUCAUGCUCGGGGAGACCAACCCUGCGGACUCCAAGCCUGGGACCAUCCGUGGGGACUUUUGCAUCCAAGUUGGCAGGAACAUCAUUCAUGGCAGCGACUCCGUGGGGAGUGCAGAGAAGGAGAUCGGCUUGUGGUUUCAGCCUGAGGAACUGGUAGAUUAUAAGAGCUGUGCUCAGAACUGGAUCUACGAAUGACGGGAGGGAGACCACAGUUCUUUUCCACCCACUUCCCUUCCUUUCUGUGGGCAAAGGAUCAGGCUGUAGCAAACGUAGUUAUUUACAGGGACUUCCUUAUCAUUUGGAGGGACAUUCUUGGAGCUGUGAGUGCUCCCUGUACAGUGUUAUAUGCUACCAUUCGAUUAAAAUGUCUCAUCCCAAUGUCA